AUGUUCAACUCCCCAUCCACCCGCUCUCGCCUCAACACUCCACGCUACUCCACAGCUCCCACGCCAGCUCGCUCCCGGCUCCAAACUCUGCGCGUCCAAAACAACUCGCCCACUCCUUCUGUCGCCGAGACUAUCCGCACAGAGAGACCUCAGGGGGAAGAGAAGGACAAGGUCUAUUGGAGCAGAGAUGAGAGGCAUGAUAUAGCUGCUUUGGGCAAGCUGCCAAAAGAGGUGGCUGCGUUGGUCAAGGCGUCUGACCUCGUGAACGAUCCGAUAAUAGCACAUGUAGACUCCAAGAGUGGAUACGCUGUCGUUUCCACCUCCCGGACAUGUGUGGCUUGGAACUAUGCCAAGCGUACAAAUUCAACAGCCACAACAUACUCUUUCCCAGCCCCACCCCCUACAACCUCUUCCCUAGCAGGAUUUGUCCCACCCAUUCUUGCAGCACUGUACACCUCCACCGCCGAGCCUGGUAUGAUUCUCGUCUCCAGCUCGGGCGAAAUCCGGUUCUGGGACAGCCUCAGUCUAGCGCUGAGCAAUGUGGAUCGGUACCAAGAGGUCUUUGUAGAGCUGCCCGAGGGAGACUGGGUGGAAAGGAUUUGGAAGAUUGAUGGGAGCACGUUUGUGCUCACGACGGUGACCUCACAAGCUUACAGACUGAACAUUACGACGUCCGGAGGAAGGGCAACACCGGUGGUGGUACCCCUUUCGAGGCCGUCUGGGAUGUUUGGGAGGGCAAGCCAGGUCUUGUUUGGGACGAGGUACGAUAGAGAGGGAGUGAGGAGUGUGGCUUCGCUCGGAUCGGAGGUCUAUAUCCUGGCGUCCAGGAGUGUUCAGAAAUGGACGUUCACGAGUGAUAGCCAAAAGUUCGUACAAGAAUACGACUUGUACGACGCGGCAGGGAACGCUGUGUCCGACAUCUACAUCUCCGGCACUGUCGCCCUCGAGCUAGACGACAUUGUCGCCAUAGGCCCCGAAUCCCUAGCUGCCCUCGUCACAUACGCCGAACCGCACUCCCGGCCCACCCACGCCAUACUCACCUUCUCUCUUCAACGCGCCUCCAUCCCGGCUAUCGACCGUACCCUCCCGCUCGCAUACUUUCCGACCCCCGAAUCUAGGGCGCUGGAUAUCCCGCGGUUGAUCGUGCCGCAAGACAGUUCGGUGGCGUUUGUGAGGUUUGGAGGGGCGGUGGUGAUGAAGGCUUUGGAUUACGAGACGACGUACGAAGAGACUAUCCACCUCAAAGACCCUUCCAACGCCUUUCUCGCCGUCGACGCCGUUUUUGCCCCCAAUCCCACGGCGGUACUACUACCAGCCUCUGGCGGCCUCAUGUCACUCACCGCGUUGGAACCCCGAGCAAGCCCGGAGAUGUUGGGGCAAAAGUCGGGAGCGACGGCCAGGUUGGAGAGCAAGAUGCAGGGAGCGGUAUGGUUUGGAGGGAGGGGUGAUAAUCCGUUGGAUUUCGGGCUGGUGGAAGAUGCAAGGGGGUUGGGGGCUGGGGAUGUGGCUGAGGCGGCGGAAAGUGUUAGCGCAGAGGUGCUCUCGUCUAGCUCGCGUUAUGCGCCGGUGAUCUCUGAGCUGAGGCUGAAUCUGCAAGACAAGCUGUCGAGACUGAAGGAGCUUUUAAAGUUUGUUCAUGUCAACAACUUGUUGAGCGAGUUGCCGCAGACGACGAGGAGAAAGCUGUCGGGAGAUGCGGAGAAGGUGAAGGGUGCUUUGGAACUCUGGGAUUACCAGGACAGACUCUUGGACCAAAUCAACUCUCAACCUUCCAAAGCAUUGUUAACAUCCUCCAUCCAAACAUACUUUACCACCCUCCCUCCGGCCAUCCUUCCCUCGUCUCUGUCCUACUCUGAAUUCACAUCCGACCCCGUCCGCUUCUUCUUCCGCCACAACAUCCCACACCUUUCGACUUUGCUUUCUGUCACCUUCUCGCAAUACCAAAGCGCUGUCUCCCACUUAGGCUCCGACGAUGUGCAAGAGAAGAGCGCUUGGUUGGGCGAGGUGAACCAAAUCUUCAUCGCCCUCGAACGAGCGGCGGCGCAGUAUAGAGAAGAGGAGGCGGAUUUGUAUGUCAUUGACAGGGAGAAGCCUGCCGUGGAGAUGUGGACUGCCUCGGACGAGUUGCUGGAUGCGCUCGAGUUCUUGUACGCCAGCACGGAAUCGGCCAUCAAGGAGCGGACAAGAGUCCUCGGUUCGGCUAUUGACGAACCGCCGUCGUCGGGUAGAGGCGGAGAAGAUUUGAGAAAAGAGCAGAUUCUGCAAGGGAUGCUCAAGAGACAGAUGGGCUGGCUCGCAGCGGCACUGUGUACGAAUAUGGAAGACAAGUGCCGGGUUGUGGUGCGGCGGCAGAUGAAUGACGGGGCAAGUGAGGAAGAGGGGAUUGCUAUCAAAGAAAAGUGGGAUGCUAUGAAGCCGAGAGUGAUUCGACCGCUUGUGACGAUUGAUAGGAUCGCCGAAGCGUUCGAGCUGGCCGAACACCAUCGCGACUUCCCGACACUCGUGGUCCUGUCCAACGACCCCCAAGCUGCUCAAGGCAGAGGCGAAGCCCGAAUCCAGAUCUACAUUGAACGUUUCGGCGAAGAAUUUGCCUUUGAGCUGUACCGCUGGUAUAUCGCUCAAGGCCAGGCGUACCAGCUCUUGACGCAAGACGAGAUUUACGGCAGCCUGAUCACGCGGUUCUUUGAGACGCACCACCAUCCAGAGUUGGCGUGGAUACAUGAUGUGGCGUGCAAGCGGUAUAGUCAUGCUGCAGGAGCUUUGGUGGAUGUAUUGGAGGGCGGCCAGGAGGCUGGGGAAACGACACAAGUGGGAGAGUUGGAGUAUAGGAAGAUUGUGGGCAGUAUUGCGAAAUUGGCGGAGAUGACGGAUAUCAGCAUGAGAGGUGCGGAUGAGGAGAAAGACCAUACUUUCCAACAGAUCGGCCAGCAUCUUUCGUUGAUCGACAACCAGGCAUCCCUCCUCGCCUACUUUCUCGAUCUUCUCCCUUCACACCCUCGCCCCCCAAACCCCAAACAUCUCUCCAAACAUCUCGCUCCCAUACUCACUCUCAUAUCUACCCCUGCCGACACUGCACGUGAAAGCUUCCAAGCCCUCUUCAUUGACCUCGUCAACAGGCUGGUCAUCGAAGGCGAGGCUUUGAGCUUGGAAGACGUGGUAGACUUGCUGGUGAUGAAGGAUAACGGGGACAGGGAAGAGGAUGCGGUGGAUGCCUUGCGGCUGGUGGUCCUCGAUCAGACGCUGCCAAAAGCCAGGUCCGAGGUCGCUUUGAUUUCCAUCUGGAGGAGGGUAUACAUCCGGGACGACUGGAUGGACAUCUCCAACACCGGUGGUCGUAGCGAACAAGCCCAACGCUCCUACCUGCGCCAAACAAUGAUCUACAAAGUCCUCAAAUCCCUACAUUCCAUCCCCGACUUUCCUACAGCCGCCAUCAUACCUCCAUACGACGCUACCAUCCCCCCGACCAGUACCGAGCUGUCAGCCCGUUUCCCAAACUUCCCGCCGGAUGUCAUAAGGGAGCUGGAGGCGGAUUAUGAAACGGAAGUUGGGGUGCUGGUGCGGUAUGUUGAAGAAGGUGGAUUGGAGGGGAGAGUGAAGGAGGUGGAGAAUUUGGUCAAGAAUGAUUUGGAGGCUGAAGGAAGGGAAGUGCAUGAUGUGGUGCUUGGAGGUGAUGAUGACGUUGAAAUGUGA